CUUUGAGCGAGUUGAUUCAUUCUCGAGUUACAUGAAUAGAUUCUCACGUUCAGAUUAUAUUAUGGGUUGUGGAGGAAGUGUCAUGGACGACCCUGAUAACGAAUUUGACUCUACAUGGGACGAUGAGAAUGAAGAACAUUUCGGCAUGAUGAGGGUAACUAAGCAGCAGACAUGUACAGCACACAGAAACCUGGAGGCUGCACGGGACAUGCAGAACUACAGGCGUAGGUGUGAACACAACAAGCAUGCUAAUCAAUCACAUGGUCAAGAACGUGAUUUCCAUAAUCUUCAUUUUUAUCAAAAUAGAAGCCCCUCUCACCCUGAUGGUGUAUAUAUUGAAGAUUUUCACACUAGUUGGUUUGGUGAUUACACAAAGCUGGAAAAAAAGCAUUCCUACAUUCAGUGGUUGUUUCCGACUCAAGAGCCAGGGGUAAAUUAUAGGGCACAUGUCCUUACCCCAACAGAAAUCAGGCUGUUCCAUAGGGAUAUGAUAGUAAAGAAAAGACUGUUAAAGUCUUACAAGCUCAUGCUGGACUUCUACGGCAUACAGCUGGUCGAUGAGGAAACUGGAGAGGUGAAACGUGCAGAAAACUGUAGAGAACGAUUUGAAAACCUAAACAGAAACACGCACAACAAUCUUCGUAUCACCCGCAUCCUAAAGUGCCUGGGUUUACUGGGGUUCCAACAUUAUCAAGCACCGCUGGUUCACUUCUUCCUUAAGGAGACUCUGGUGGAGGAGACACUUCCACGAGUGAAGCAGAGCACUCUGGACUACUUUAUGUUUGCAGUUCUGGACAAGACUCAACGAAAAGGUCUGAUCAGAUUUGCCUUCAGGAAUUUUCACCCGAAAGAGCUAUUUGUGUGGUGUCCUAAGAGGAUUCAAAGAAAGCUCCUGAAAGACAUAACACAAAAGAAACAUCCUUCCCAAACACUGGCUUAUGCAAGAAGGGAAGUAAUCCACCACCAACCACAUUAUAGACCACCAUGGACAGUGCAUUCCCCUAGAAGUCAAAAUAGUGCAAGGAACAAUGGGCCACGAAGUACAGAUCCUAGAAAAUUAUUACAAGGUAUACCGUAUAACCGAGCGCAGAAUCGUGGACAGAACCAGAACAGUGUGACCAAGAUGGACUUGGUGAUUUAAUUAUGGCAGCAAACGUGGAAAGAAAAAACAAAUCAAUAAACUUAAAGGUAUACAGUAUGGAGUAAAAAGUCAUUUAUUUGCUUAACACACAGUUAAGCUAACAUUAAUUCAUGCUUUUUGUCCUCUUCUUUAUCAUUCAUUAUCCUGUGUUCAACAGCAGUCUUGUUUGCAAGAUUUUCAAUAAAACUCCAUGUGAAUUGUGCACUUUAGCUAGAUUUACAUGCUAUCUUCACACUAUGUGAAAAAAACAAACAAACUUAUUAUUGUAACUUUUUAUUAAACACUUCCACAUACUUUUCCACAAUAUUUGUACAAAAUGAAAAAUUCUGACGAUCGCACCUUGAAUUUGAAGGUAGACAAUGGGUUAAUAAAAACUUUCAGCCAAAGCUAUGCAUUAAAGAAUAAUUAAAAAUGACAAUGAGUCAUUUGGGAGUCAAUUAUUGGUGAGCAAAUGUACAUGUAAAUAUAAAUCAAUAUCAAAUAAAGAGAAACAAAAAAACUAAGUUAUGUUAUGCAUCAGGG